AGGAUUUCCUGCUAACAAGUUGGUGCUUGGCCUCCCCUUGCAUGGAUACGCAUGGAAGCUGGAGAAUGUGAAUGAAAAUUCUGUUGGGUCCCCAGCAGACGGUCCCGUUUUAACAGCUGAUGGCUCCAUCGGGUAUAAGAUCAUGAAGUCCUAUAUUCGGGAUAUCGGGUAUGGGACGACAUCAGUGUAUAAUUCCUCCUACGUUGUGGAUUUUUUCAUCAAGGGGUCUACUUGGAUUAAUUUUGAUGGUCCCGAGGUAAUCAGAAGGAAAGUUGCAUAUGCGAAGGAGAAGGGACUUUUGGGUUACAAGGUGUUCCAAGUCGCAAAUGAUGCUGACUGGGUUCUUUCUCGAGCAGCCAUGGAAGCAAGUGAAGGUCGAAAAAGGAACCAAAUUUUGCUGCCGGUUGCCAUUGCUACAGCAGCUGCUUUAGGUAUCCUCCUGCUUUUUGGUGUGAUAUUUUACUUGCGAGGCAGACGCAUAUCAAGAGGGUUCUUGGGAGUGAUAAAGAGAUUAAUCCAAAGAUCAAAAUGCGGUAUGUGGUCUCCUGGAAGUCUUGAAAGUGAUACUCCUAAUCUGCAAGUAUUCAGCUAUGCUACCCUCAAAGCAGCAACCAAUAACUUCUCAGCCGAAAAUAAGCUUGGAGAGGGUGGUUUCGGGCCCGUUUAUAAGGGUAAGUUGCGCAAUGGGCCGGAAAUAGCAGUGAAGAAGUUGUCCAAAAACUCGAACCAAGGUCUUGAGGAGUUCAAGAAUGAAGUCAUGUUAACUGCAAGACUUCAACAUGUGAACUUGCUUCGAGUUUUGGGAUUUUGCACUGACCGGGAAGAGAAGAUGUUGAUCUAUGAGAAUAUGCCAGGGAAAAGCUUGGACUUCUACAUAUUCGAUCCAGUUAGAAGAAAUAUUUUGGACUGGGAUAAAAGAUUGCAAAUCAUCGAGGGGGUCACUCAAGGUCUCCUUUACCUGCAAGAAUAUUCAAACUGCACGAUCGUUCAUCGGGAUCUGAAAGCCAGCAACAUUUUGCUUGACAGCGAGAGGAACCCCAAGAUAUCAGAUUUUGGCAUCGCGAGAAUCUUUCGGAAGAACGAACUUGAAGCAAACACCGGUCGAAUUGUUGGGACAUUCGGUUGUGUUCCUCCUGAAUACGUGAGGAGGGGUAUAUACUCGAUGAAGUACGAUGUUUACAGCUUCGGAGUACUUGUCUUGCAAAUAAUCAGCGGCAAGAAGACGAACUGUCGCUACGGCCCAAGCGAGAACCUGAACCUUCUUGAAUAUGCAUACGAGACAUGGAUAAGCGGUGAAGGCAUGGAGUUCAUUGACCCAUCACUGGUCGAUUCAGCCUCGUCUUGUAAGCUCACAAGGUGUCUGCAAAUUGCCCUCUUAUGUGUGCAAGAAAAUCCCAUGGACAGGCCUUCGAUGUUGGAGAUCUCUUCGAUGCUAAGAAACGGGACUUCAGAAAUCACCUCUCCGAAGCGACCUGCAUUCUCUAUCAAAAAAGAUGAGGAUGGAGGUGAGGCGAAAGUAGGUAGUGCAGCAGAAGAGAUUUAUUCUAUAAAUGAUGCGACGGUGUCCGAAUUAUUUCCCCGCUUUCUCAACGGAAUCCUUACACGACCAAGUCGUCAACAUGUCCUUGUCGUCUCCUCAGCAGAAACUCCCUCUCAUUUUCUCCUUAAAAUGGGAGAAAAAUCUUUCCCUUCUUCCCCUCUCUCUCUAAUGGCGGCUAAGACCCCCACCUCCCUCUCCACCUGCUUCUGCAUCUUCUUCUUCUUCCUCCUCCUCUGCAACUUCUUCUCCUCGUCAAUAUCCCAGCAAUGGGUUCGCUCCGGCUACUACUUCUCAGGCAGCGAAAUCCCCGUCUCUGACAUCGACUCUGCUCUGUUCACCCACCUCAUAUGCUCCUUCGCUUACAUCAACUCCUCCACCUUUGAGCUCUCCAUCAACUCCUCAGAGCUCCCGAGCUUCUCGAGCUUUACGAGCACCGUCAGGCGCAAGAACGAUAGGAUCAUCACCCUUUUGUCCGUUUGGGCUGGGGGAGAUGACCCUGCCAUUUUCGAGUCCAUGGUGGGUAAUUCUUCUUCAAGGCCGGUCUUCGUCAGUUCCUCAAUCAAAGCAGCUCGAUCCUUUGGCUUCAAUGGGCUCGAUCUGACUGGGUUUGUUCCCAGUGAGACCACCAACAUGACAAAUUUCGGUGCUUUUCUGGAUGAACUGAGAGAAGGUACUGAUUCUGAGUCAAAAACAUCUCAGAAAACCCGGUUGCUUCUGACAAUGGCCGGUUACUGCCAAAAAGUCUUUGACGUGAGUCUCCCAAUCGACCCAAUCGACUCGAUGAGUCGGAGCUUGGAUUGGCUCAAUAUUAUUGCCUACGACUACCAUUUGCCCACCAAGGAGAGAUACAUUUACCCGCACGCCCCUCUUUUCGACCCAAAGAGCCAAAACAACACUGAUUUCUGUAUAAUUGGUUACAUAACUCGAGGAUUUCCUGCUAACAAGUUGGUGCUUGGCCUCCCCUUCCAUGGAUACGAAUGGAAGCUGGAGAAUGUGAAUGAAAAUUCUGUUGGGUCCCCAGCAGACGGUCCCGUUUUCACAGCUGAUGGCUCCAUUGGGUAUAAGAUCGUGAAGUCCUAUAUUCGGGAAAUCGGGUAUGGGACGACAUCGGUGUAUAAUUCCACGUACGUUGUGGAUUUUUUCAUCAAAGGGUCUACUUGGAUUAAUUUUGAUGGUCCCGAGGUAAUCAGAAGGAAAGUUGCAUAUGCACAGGAAAAGGGACUUUUGGGUUACAAUGUGUUCCAAGUCGCAAAUGAUGCUGACUGGGUUCUUUCUCGAGCAGCCAUGGAAGCAAGUGAAAGUCGAAAAACGAACCAAAUUUUGCUGCCUGUUGCCAUUGCUGCAGCUGCUUUAGGUAUCCUCCUGCUUUUUGGUGUGAUAUUUUACUUGCGAGGCAGACGCAUAUCAAGAGGGUUCUUGGGAGUGAUAAAGAGAUUAAUCCAAAGAUCGAAAUGCGGUAUAUGGUCUCGUGAAAGUCUUGAAAGUGAUACUCCUAAUCUGCAAGUAUUCAGCUAUGCUACCCUCAAAGCAGCAACCAAUAAUUUCUCAGCUGAAAAUAAGCUUGGAGAGGGUGGUUUCGGACCUGUUUAUAAGGGUAAGUUGCGCAAUGGGCAGGAAAUAGCAGUGAAGAAGUUGUCCAAAAACUCGAACCAGGGUCUCGAGGAAUUCGAGAAUGAAGUCAUGUUAACUGCAAGACUUCAACAUGUGAACUUGCUUCGAGUUUUGGGAUUUUGCACUGACCGGGAAGAGAAGAUGCUGAUCUAUGAGUAUAUGCCAAGGAAAAGCUUGGACUUCUACCUACUCGAUCCCAUUAGGAGAUACUAUUUGGACUGGGAGAAAAGAUUGCACAUCAUAGAAGGGGUUACUCAAGGGCUUCUUUACCUGCAAGAAUACUCGAAUUUCACGAUAAUUCAUCGGGAUCUGAAAGCCAGCAAUAUUUUACUUGACAGCGAGAUGAACCCCAAGAUAUCAGAUUUCGGAAUUGCGAGAAUCUUUCGGAAGAACGAACUUGAAGCAAACACUGGACGGAUUGUUGGGACUUACGGUUAUGUUCCUCCUGAAUACGUGAGGAAGGGAAUAUACUCGAUGAAGCACGAUGUUUACAGCUUCGGAGUACUUCUCUUGCAAAUAAUUAGCAGCAAGAGGACAACUUGUUACUAUGGCCUGUACGAGAACCUGCACCUUCUUGAAUAUGCUUACGAGACAUGGAUAAGCGGUGAAGGCAUGGAGUUCAUCGACCCAUCACUGGACGACUCGGCCUCGUCCUGCAAGCUUGCAAGGUGCAUGCAGAUAGCCCUCUUAUGUGUGCAAGAAAAUCCCGAGGACAGGCCCUCAAUGUUGGAGAUAUCUUCGAUGCUAAGAAACGGAACUUCAGAAAUCACCACCCCGAAGAGACCUGCAUUCUCUGUUAAGAAAGACAAAGAUGGAGGUGAGACGAAAGUAGAUACUAUAUCAGAGACAAUUUACUCUGUAAAUGAUGUGACAGUUUCUGAAUUAUUUCCACGAUGAGCUCGAAGUUCUUUUAAGUGUGUGUACAUAAUCUUAAAUCAUGUGAGAACAAAAUUUUGGCAGACGACUUUGACAUAAAUUGUUUGCCUCUAAGCUGGUUGUGUGUCGUAGUUUUCUUUGUGCAAA